AUGAGAGUUAAUUUCCAAUGUGCCAAUCAGUCCGAUUCAAGUCCUCUUCCAGGAAAACUUCCUGGUUCCGCUUCUCCCUUCAUGUCUACACCUUUUGGAGCCUCAUUUACUCCGCUGCCCCCACUGCCGCCUCCACUCCCUCCAACAUCCUAUCUGCCUCCUCCCAUGGUUCCACCCCCUCUAUCAAGCGACUUCCCACCUGUGCGCGCGCAUCCAAUUCCACCACCACCGCCUCCGCCGCCUCCAACACUUUCACAAACUACGAAGGCGCCCCAUGUCCAAUCAGCCUCAUUGGCUACCUGUAUUAGAGAAGAAACUGAAUUUGAAAGACGAUUCCAAUUUUUAUCCGAUACGCUCUUCCCGAUGCCACCAGUUGCAUACACUGGACAGAAAACUUACCGCAGUUUGCAACAAGUGCCUAAUACGCAUUUAUCUACUUUAUUUCUCUAUCGCAUGCCCUCUAUCGAAAUUUAUUAUAAGCCUCAAAGCGAGCUGCUCCCCAGCCUCCAUCCACUGGCAUCGGGCGUGCCUAUUGAUCAUCAGGUCUUCAGCUCCCCAGCUCAACCAUUCCGUUAUUAG